UUGCCACAAUUCAUCCACCCGCCGCCCAGAUUUGUCUUCUACAGAGGCGAUUCUCCCAGUCCUGCGCAACGUGGAGCCGAGAUGGAGGCGGAUCACAAUGACCUGAAAACCUUGUUUCCAAUGCUGGCUCGACUUCCGCCUCUGACGAUCACAAUACUUGUCGCGCCUCGUAAUGCCACGGUUCAGUUGGCUGCACUCUACUUGCCGCCGCCCAGUUCCAGGUGA